ACUCUGAUAUUAUCGGGCACAUCAUAACAUCUGGACAAAAUGACGCAACUCCGAUGGUUCAUCACUGGAUGCACAUCAGGCCUGGGCGAAGCAUUCGUGCGAAGCAUACUCGCGCGAGGUGAUAAAGUGGUUGCAAGUGCUCGCGGAGAUGUAUCGCGACUCUCCUCUCUCAAAGAUGCCGGUGCAGAGGUCAUCAGUCUCGACGUCACAUCUUCUCCCUCCGAUAUCCAGGCAGCAGCGGCCAAAGUUCUCAAAGGCGGGCCUAUCGAUGUACUUGUCAACAACGCCGGAUAUAUUGAGGCAGCUUUGGCAGAAGAAGCUAGCUACGACAAUUACAUGUCUCAGUUCGAGACUAACUUUUUCGGCGUCAUCAAGACUACGCAAGCCUUUCUUCCACACUUUCGCGAAAGGAAAUCGGGGACUAUAGUUUUCAUUGGCUCCUCUGGCGGCAUUGCGGGGGAGCCAGGUGCAGCUCCAUACUGCGGCACAAAAUUCGCUCUGGAGGGUUGGCACGAUUGCCUCAAGCAAGAGACUGCACAUCUCGGCAUCAAAAGUGUCCUAUUCGAACUAGGUUUCUUCCGCACGAAGAUCAUGCAUCCUGAAAACGUUCGAACGUUCCGUGCGCCUGGUAUCGCGGAUUACGAACAUAUUCGCAACAUGGUUGGGCAGUUUGUUGAGGGCAUGAACGGCCACCAGCCCGGUGAUCCUAAGAAGGCCGUCGAGGUCAUUCUGGACUUUGUUCGAGCAGAGGGCGUUGCGGAAGGCAAGAUGCUCCCAGAUAGGUUUCCCAUAGGAACCGAUUGUUUGGCGACGCUGAGGAAGAAGUGUGCGGAUACGCUGGUUGUUUGUAAUGAGUGGGAACACGUUAUCCGUAGCACAGACUGGGAGUGA